AUGGUAUAUGUGGUGGAUGUGAUAGUUAUAGUUGUGGUGGUGGCAGUGAUUUGUAAAAUGGUUCCACCUCUUAUGUUGUUAUGCAAAUAUGGUGAUCGUACCAUUGUGUUCAAGGUUGUGUCAAACUGCACGUUGAAGGAUUUAACUGAUUUCUUAAGUUGUAAAUUGAAGAAGUUUGACAAUAGUGGUUGCAUACUGUUAUCGUACUGUUUGCCUGGACAUUUGCAAUGCAUGAUUGAUGAUGAUUCUAAUUUUCAGAAUAUGUUGUCGCUUGUUUAUCCCCUUGGUGUUGACCGGGUUGAUGUGACUAUUAGUGAAAUGGGCAUUUCAAAUGAAAAACAUGGAGUUGGAGAAUCAGGGAACGCUACUGGAGCCAACAUUACUGAUGAUGAAAUGAAUUUACUCCCUAUGUUUUGUCAACAUGAAGAAAGGACUUUGUUGUCUUGUGGAUGGGUGAAUGGAAUUACUCAUCUAGGUCAAAGAUUUAUUGGAGGUGCAAAGGAUUUUCGGACUGCAUUAUGUAAAUAUGCCAUUGAAAUAGGAUUUGAGUUUGUGUAUGUGAAGAAUGAGAAGUGUCGGGUCACUGCUGUGUGUUCAAUGCGGGAGUCGAAAGCUUGUUUAUGGCGAGUACAUGCAUCUCUGGAAAGUGCUAAUAAUUUUUUCUACAUUAGGACUCUACAUGAUGAGCAUACUUGUGGAGCUGCAGUUCGUACUUCUAAAAACUCAAGGAUGAGUUCAAAUUUGGUUGCAAGUUUGAUUGUUAAUGAAGUUCGUGGGAAUCCCCAAACUCGUCCAAUUGAUGUUGUGCGUCAAUUUACAGAUCAAUACGGGCUCACCAUUACGUACAAUCACGCUUGGUUGGGAGUUGAGAAAGCUAGGACUACUACUUUUGGAGAUUUCUCUCUGUCUUAUGAUGAGAUUCGAUGGUAUAUGAAUAUUGUGAUGAGCACAAAUCCUGGUAGCUAUUUGCGUCUUGACUAUAACUAUCAAAGUGGACGGUUCAAGAGGUUUUUUGUUGCAUUUAAUGCUUCCAUUCAAGGUUUUAGGCAUUGUCGUCCUCUAUUGUUUAUCGAUGGAACUUUUCUGAAGGGGAAAUAUAAGGGCACCUUGUUAACAGCUACAACGAAGGAUGGGGAUCAAGGUUUUUCCCCGCUUGCAAUGGCAAUUGUCGAUACAGAGACUACAGACAGUUGGGAAUGGUUUUUUAUGCAUUUGUCGAAUAUAUUGUUGGAUGAAAGACCAAUUACCUUCAUAUCUGAUCGGAACGCUGGACUUUUGGAGGCUUUACCCAAGGUUUUACCUACUGCUUACCACAAUUUUUGUCUCCAACACUUGAAGGCCAAUUUGAGGAAUAGGUUCUCUGGUCCAAAUGAGGGAAAAGGGAUCGUUUGUGGGUUUCUAUCCAAUUUGCCCUAUGACAAGUGGAGUAAUGCAUAUUUUAAAGGACAAAAAUACGGUGAAAUGCACUCGAAUGUGGCAGAGUCUUUCAAUUCAUGGAUCCGUCAAGCUCGCCAUUUGCCCACUACAAAGAUGAUUGAUUCAAUUAGGUUGAAGAUCAUGGAUUUGAUGUCGAGAAGGAGAGAACAAGCUAAGAAAUGGAAUACUUUUCUUUGUCCGGAGAUGGAUUCAACAUUAGUAAAUGCUCUUAAAAGUGGAAUAACUUGGCUGGUUAGUCGUUCAAGUGAUCACAUUUUUGAGGUUCAAUCCUGGCCAUCGGUUAGUGUUGACCUCUUGAAUAGAACUUGCUCAUGUUACCAAUGGCAAUUGAAUGGAUUUCUUUGUGCUCACGCGGCGACUGCUAUCCAAAAGAGCGGAGGUGAUUUGUAUGCACAUGUGGAACCAUUUUAUUACACUAGCAAGUUCAAAGAUUGCUAUGUUGAGUCCAUUUAUCCAAUACCCACUGUUGAGAAACCUCUUGUAGCUAUGGAUGAUCUUGUUGUCCUUCCUCCAAUUUGUAAGAAGCCACCUGGUAGGCCAAGGAAGAAUAGGAUCCCAUCUAGGGGUGAGAAGAUAAGACGAGUACAGUGUGAUAGAUGCGAGAAGUACGGUCAUAAUAGGAAGACUUGUAAGGAGGCAUUGCCGUGA